UCCCUCGCCCAGCUCGGUUGUCGGUUGUCGGCGGCCGCCGCCUCCAGAUUCCCGAGGUGAGGAAGGCUCCGCCGAGGAACAUGGACGUGAACGUCGCGCCGCUCCGCGCCUGGGACGACUUCUUCCCGGGCUCCGACCGCUUUGCCCGCCCGGACUUCGGGGACAUUUCCAAAUGGAACAACCGCGUCGUGAGCAACCUGCUCUAUUACCAGACCAACUACCUGGUGGUGGCUGCCAUGAUGAUUUCCGUGGUGGGGUUUCUGAGCCCCUUCAACAUGAUUCUUGGAGGAAUUGUGGUGGUCCUGGUGUUCACAGGGUUUGUCUGGGCAGCCCACAAUAAAGACAUCCUCCGCCGAAUGAAGAAGCAGUACCCCAUGACGUUCGUGAUGGCAGUCAUGCUGGCUAGCUACUUCCUCAUAUCCAUGUUUGGAGGAGUCAUGGUCUUCGUGUUUGGCAUCACUUUUCCUUUGUUGUUGAUGUUUAUCCAUGCAUCCCUGAGACUCCGGAACCUCAAAAACAAGCUGGAGAAUAAAAUGGAAGGAAUCGGUUUGAAGAGGACACCCAUGGGUAUUAUCCUGGAUGCCUUAGAACAGCAAGAAGAAAGCAUCGGCAAGUUCACUGAGUACAUCAGCAAAGUGAAGGAAUAAAUGUCGCUUACCAGGCGAUAUAGGGCUGCAGGAGAAAUUAAGUUGCAGUCUGCCCUUAAACAGACCUACUUUUCCUUUGUGUUUUUUGAAGUAGGGAGUUGCACGUUUUACCACCCAACUAUCUAAGGCAGCACGCAUGUACAGGCCCAACUAUUAACAUCUGAUGAUAUAGAAAGAAGGCCUCAGAAAUGGAAAGGAAACCAGCUUCCCAUUGUGCCUGAAGUUUUGAGUGUAGUUUUGAAAGCAAAUCAUGGGUUCUAAAGCAUCAAUACUGUUCUCUCUGAGGGAAAAAGAAGACAUUGUAAACCAUCUAAGCAAUAAGAGUAAAUGCUGAAGUUUAUGAUGUCACGGGUUGGCCUAUUUCUAAUCCUCUCCUGCAUCCCUUCCAAAAUUCCCCAGGACUGUAUAAUGUGUGGGAUUAAAAAUUAGUGUAGAUUCUGUUGUUAUUCUUUGAAAAUCAGAGAGGCGAUCUCUCUCACUUUACCGCCUGUUUGAAGAACUGGAUAUGCCGGUUGUUUAUACUUUGUUUACAAAUAUGAAGAUAGCUGUCUAGGAAGAUAUUUUGUUAAAUUUUUGUAAAUUUUUGAAAUGCUAGUAAUAUGUGUUCACCAGCAGGUUUGUUGCAGCAUUCAUGUCAUCAUUCUUAAAGGUUAUAGUUAUGUGACCUGCAUUACUCUCUUGACCUGUUAAGAAAUUAAAUAAAUAAAUAAA